AUUCUCUAAUAAUAUAACGCCAACCAAAUAAAAUUCAUUUGUUAUCUCACUUUCUCUUUCAGAUAAACAAACAGUUUCUUAGUUUCGUUCGAGAUGAGCGGUGAAGUUUGGAGAUGGAACAAGCAAGCAGAGAUGAAUUCGAUAAGAGAUUGUUUGAAACAUUGUAAUUCCAUCGCUAUCGACACAGAGUUUCCCGGAUGCUUAAAGGAGACUCCCAUGGACGCAAGUGAUGAAAUUCGUUAUAGAGACAUGAAAUUCAAUGUGGACAACACCCAUCUCAUCCAGUUAGGGUUAACGCUAUUCGGCAAAGGAAUCACUAAAACCUGGGAGAUCAACUUGUCAGAUUUCAACGAAUCUAAGAGCUUGAAAAAUGAUAAAUCUAUAGCGUUUUUAAAAAACAAUGGUUUGGAUCUGGAUAAGAUCAGAGAAGAAGGUAUUGGAAUCGAAGAGUUCUUCAUGGAGUUUUCUCAGAUUCUCAAUGAGAAACAUGGAAAAAUGAGAUGGGUGACUUUUCAAGGCUCUUACGACAAAGCUUAUCUACUUAAAGGUUUAACUAGAAAACCAUUACCCGAGACUUCGAAAGAGUUUGAUGAAACCGUCCAGCAGCUUUUGGGAAGGUUUGUUUAUGAUGUGAAGAAAAUGGCUGGAUUAUGCAGCGGACUAAGUAGCCGUUUCGGACUACAGAGAAUAGCGGAUGUGUUGCAGAUGAGGCGUGUUGGAAAAGCUCAUCACGCUGGAUCAGACAGCGAAUUGACGGCUCGUGUCUUCACUAAGUUGAUUUUCGAUUUGGUCAAUAGUAGAAAGGAGAGUACUGGAAGAAGAGCUGAUGAUCAGCAAUAUCAACUAGAGCAGCAGCAGCAUCAGCAACAGCUUAUGAUGACUAGAUGUUACAUCCCGAUACCGGUCCAAGGAAGGAACUACGUAUUGUGAUCCCUCAAUGUUUAGCAUGUCUUGUUGCUAGUAUGCAAAUUCUUUCUUUAUAUGCUUAGGAUUUAACUUUCAGCUUUUAUUGUCCAUCAAAACAAUUCUCUCAAUAUUAUGACUAUUGCUCUUUAGUAAAUACUUUAAUGAAUCUAAAGUUAGAAUCUACUCAAAAGCCUCUCAUGUAACAUCUUUGUCUUGGAAUUACUAUCUAUCAGUUUCCUCCGAAUUGAGCUGAAGAUAUGUAACAAGCCCAGUUUUUUCCUUUUUCGCUAUACACUAAUCAAAAU